CUGUCGGUAGCUGUCUCGUCGGGUUGCCCUUGCGGGAAAACGCUUUACCAGGCAGGGACACUUAGCCAGGGCAAGUGCCGAAAUCCAUCCCAGGAGUUUUCCUCUUCCGACGUCAUCCCGAUCUAUGGUAUAACCGUAGCCGUCUUUCCCCGGCUCCCCGACAUAUCUCCAAGAUGCACUUAACAGUAUCCUUCUCUAACACCAUCCAGGCUGGUAUUGGCGUAGAUCAGUCUGUCUGCAUUUCCGACGCAAUCAGGCCCAAAAACCUGCUGGUUCACACAUCUCACAAAGCAUAACAAGCAACCUAAAUUAGCGCCGGAAACGAGCCCCCGACACGGAAACAAUGGACGGACCCGGAAUGCUCUACGUCACGAUGCAGCCCCAGCCGGGGCUGUCCGAGGACCAAUUCCACGAGUGGUACAACAACGAGCACGGGCCGACGCGUCUGCGCCUCCCGCACAUGUUCACCAACGGGCUGCGCUACCGGGCCACCGACGGCGCCGAGCCGGCCUUCCUCGCCGUCUACGACGUCACGUCCAUGGCCCACCUGCAGACGCCGGCGUACACGUCGCUGCGGGAGGAGCGCUCGCCGCGCGAGGCCGACACCAUCGGCCAGGUCGCCGUCGACCGGCACUUCCUCGACCUCGUCUCGUCCCAGCAGUCGCCGCUGUUCCGGCCCAUCGAGCAGCUGGCCGACGACGAGGCCGAGGCCGAGGGCCAGGUCCUGGUCUCGGUCUCGCUCACGCUGCGGGACGACAGCCCCGGCGCAGAGGAGGCCGCGCGCAGGUGGUACGACGAGGAGCACAUCGCGAUGCUCUCCAAGGUGCCCGGCUGGCUGCGCAGCCGCGUGUUCCGCACCUCGAGCCUAGACGGCUCCUCCGGCGGGACGCGCCUGAUCUCGUUGCACGAGUACACCAAGACCAACGGUCUAGGCGGGCCCGAGCACAAAGCCUCGAUGGCGACGCCGUGGCACGACGAGGUCUACUCGGCGCACGUCGCCGCCAAGGCCCGCCGGACGUACGAGCUCUUCUACGUGUUCGGCCCCGCGCCGCGCGACCUGUCGUCGCUGUCGCGCCUGCCUCCCACGGCGGCAUUCGCGUCGGCCGACGGCAAGACGAGCACAACCCCCGGCGCAGCAGCCAUCACCUCGACCGUCGUCGUCGCGCGGGACGGCCUCGAGAUCCCCUACCGCCUGGAGGGUAACCCGUCGCCCUCGGCCCCGACAAUCGCCUUCUGCAACUCCCUCCUGACAUCCCUGCACAUGUGGGACCCCCUCGUGGCCCUGCUCAAGACCCACCGCCCGUCGUACCGCAUCAUCCGCUACGACGCCCGCGGCCGCGGCAGCCUGCCGUCCCCGCCCCAACCGGCGACGCUGGACAUGCUGGCCGACGACCUGGCGGCCGUGCUGGACGCGCUGCGGGUGCGGCGCGCGCACGCCGUGGUGGGCGUUUCGAUGGGCGGGGCGACGGCGACGGCGUUCGCGCUGCGGCACCCCGGCAGGGUGGGGCGGUUCGUGGCGUGCGACUUCAACGCCGCCAGCGGGGCGGCGAACACGGCGGCGUGGGAGGAGCGCAUCGCCGUUGCCGAGUCGAGCGGCGAGGGCGGGAAGACGGGGAUCGAGGUGCUGGCCGAGGCUACUGUCGGGAGGUGGUUCCACCCGCACACGCUGGCCGAGAAGGGGGAUGUCGUGCGCUGGAUGACGGAUAUGGUUGCGGCGAAUGAUGUCGAGGGGUUUAAGUACAGCUGCCAGGCGCUGUGGGGUUAUGACUUGACGGGCAAGAUGGCGGCGUGCGAGGUGCCGGGGCUGUUUGUCGUCGGGGAGGGGGAUGGGAAGGGGGCGCUUGUGAAGGCGAUGGACGGCUUCAAGGGCAAGCUCGGGAAGGAUGGGGGGGAGCUCAAGAUUAUCCCGCUUACUGGCCAUUUGCCAAUGUGCGAGUCUCCUAAGGAUUUCUGGGAGGCUAUCCAAGAAUUCCUGUGAUCGAGACGGGUCAACAUCUAUUUCCAUGUUACCUAGGUACGUCUAGCCAAUAGAAGGGCCACUGCCGAGCCUUGUAACUUGUCCAACCACAGCCCGUCGCCCUCACGUUUUGGCCAUUAUUGUUUGGGCAGCGAUCAUAUACAAAGGAAACAGUCACUGCAUUCCAACCUGAAGUUAUGAGGGGAUGUCUUUGGUGCCCAGAUAGGUUAGGUAGGUAGGCAGCUACUUAGGUACAAGUACCUAUUCGCAAUGGUUGUUCCUCAGUCUGAG